UCUAGUGGAAAUCAGCAGCCUCCCUGCAUCAUUUUGCCCCUGUCCUCCCCUCUCUUGGAUGCAAACCUGGCGAAAAGAAGGGGACACUGCUUGGAGGUCAGCGAGCUGAGUUCCAGCUCCGACUGUACGAUUUUCACCCUCGGGAAUCUUCUCCCCUUUCUCUGUGAGCAAAGGAGUGUUGGGCCAGAUCGUCUUAAGGUUUCUUCCCCAGGUACAAGCCGGACUCUGGCGACUUUAUUGGGCAAGGGAGUGUCUCCGCCUUCUCUCUGCCGCAGGUGCCGGUUAAAUUGUCAAUUUCUCUGCGGAGGCUGCUCACUGCAUCCGCUCCCUCCACCCCUAGCCCUGUAGACCCAUACUCUUUCCCCUACUUGGGAAAAGUGAAGCCCCUUAUCCUUGGACAGCCUUUCACCAGACAACCGCAGCCCUCCGCUAAAUUCCCCUACUGGCGGGACGCGCGGGCGGAGGCCUGCCCCGGGAAUGCGAGGCUGCUUCCUUUCUGCGCAAUCAGGGUACGCAGCCUCCAGUUCUCUAACUUUCUCCUUCUCUAAGAGGGAAUUUCGAGAACUUUGAGACAAAUAAGUGACUGUAUAGAUGAAGACAUGAAACCUCUCUACACAGUGAACUCCCCACGCCACAAGGCUCCCAGGGCUCCCAGGCCUUCUCCCGCAAUGCCCCGCCGGGUCCCCCGCCCCAACUCCUUCUCACGGCAGUAUCCCGCGCCAGGAGGCUCGCAGAGCCAGAGAUGUGGCACCAGGCACCAGGCGCGCCACAAGUCCAGGUCCCGCUAUUUCUGCUCCAUCGGAGCCCAGGUCGGAGGAAGUCAGCGCGUCCUCCUUGCACAGCAGCCUGGCGCGCGGCUCGGCAGCACAGAGGCUGAGGAAAGGUCCGCACUGGGCUCGAGGCCCUUCCUGCUGGCCUCCCCACGCCGGGCCUCGGCUCCCCUCCUUCCCGGCUCCCGCCUCCUCCCGUAGGCUGCCAGGCGGACCCAGCCUGCCUCUCUCUCUGCCUUCACUACCGGGUCAAGCUGCGGAGGGAGGGAGGGAGGCAGCGGCGAAGCCCUCCGUGGCUCCCCACCCGGCGCGCGCGCCCCUCCUCCCCUGCCUCCUCCCCUCUGCCAGUACAGUACAACUAGUACACACACACACGCACACGCACCCUGCCACUGCAGCUGCCAUGGAUAUCAGCUAACAACACACACCCAGGCGCGCGCGCGCGUUCCCACUCGCACCACGCAGGAGUGGCCCCCGGCAUCCCUACCCUCCUUCCCCACCCCCACCGCACCCGCUCACAAGCUCGGCUACUGCUCGCUCCGGCUGCCGCCGCCGACGCCACCACCACUGCUUCCUCUGCUGCGGGGCCACAGCCUUGAGUGUCAUUCAAGGGACAGCACAACCUCACCCAAGCUCUCCUACCUCUGCCCAGCCGUCCCUCUCAUCCUCCCCCUUCCUCGUCCACACUCCAUCCAAAGAAGAGGGAAAGCACCGAAUAGAGGGGGGCGAAGGCAAAGUCUGCUGUUCUUCCCCCUGGGCCCCCUUGCUCCUCCAUCCUCAUUCUCUCACCACCAGCCCCCCUAACCCCAAGGAGCCCCAGGAACUGAGGCGACUCACCCCACUGCCAUGUCCAAAAGCUUGAAAAAGAAAAGCCACUGGACUAGCAAAGUCCAUGAGAGUGUCAUUGGCAGGAACCCGGAGGGCCAGCUGGGCUUUGAACUGAAGGGGGGCGCCGAGAAUGGACAGUUCCCCUACCUGGGGGAGGUGAAGCCCGGCAAGGUGGCCUAUGAGAGCGGCAGCAAGUUGGUGUCGGAGGAGCUGCUGCUGGAGGUGAACGAGACCCCCGUGGCGGGGCUCACCAUCAGGGACGUGCUGGCCGUGAUCAAACACUGCAAGGACCCCCUCCGGCUCAAGUGUGUCAAGCAAGGAGGCAUUGUUGAUAAAGACCUUCGUCACUACCUCAACUUACGAUUUCAAAAGGGUUCUGUGGACCAUGAGCUUCAGCAAAUCAUUCGUGACAACCUCUACCUCCGCACGGUGCCAUGCACCACAAGGCCACAUAAGGAGGGUGAGGUCCCUGGAGUGGAUUAUAUUUUCAUCACUGUUGAAGAUUUUAUGGAAUUGGAGAAAAGUGGUGCUCUCCUAGAAAGUGGGACUUAUGAAGACAAUUACUACGGUACCCCAAAGCCGCCAGCAGAACCAGCACCAUUAUUGUUAAAUGUAACAGACCAGAUACUUCCAGGAGCCACUCCAAGUGCUGAAGGAAAACGGAAGAGGAAUAAAUCAGUGAGCAACAUGGAGAAAGCCAGUAUAGAGCCUCCUGAGGAGGAAGAGGAAGAGAGGCCUGUGGUCAAUGGAAACGGAGGAGUAGUAACGCCAGAAUCCAGUGAACAUGAAGACAAAAGUGCAGGUGCCUCAGGGGAGAUGCCCUCCCAGCCUUAUCCUGCACCAGUGUACAGUCAGCCUGAGGAGCUGAAGGAGCAGAUGGAUGACACAAAGCCAACUAAACCUGAAGACAAUGAGGAACCAGACCCAUUGCCUGAUAACUGGGAAAUGGCCUAUACAGAGAAGGGCGAAGUCUACUUCAUUGACCAUAACACAAAGACAACAUCAUGGCUGGAUCCACGACUUGCGAAAAAGGCUAAACCUCCAGAAGAGUGCAAAGAAAAUGAGCUUCCAUAUGGCUGGGAAAAAAUCGAUGAUCCCAUUUAUGGCACUUAUUAUGUUGACCACAUAAAUAGAAGAACACAGUUUGAAAAUCCUGUCCUGGAAGCAAAAAGGAAGCUACAGCAACAUAACAUGCCCCACACAGAACUUGGAACAAAGCCCCUGCAGGCCCCAGGUUUCCGAGUAGACAGCUCCUCAUGGACAUUACCUAGGCCCAAAUCCAUCCGCCCCCGUGCUGCCCCGGAGAGGUCGCGCAGCGUGAAUGACUUGUCUUACUAUCAGCGCGACCCAGCAGGGAGGCCCUGGCUGUUCGAAAAACCACUCUUCACCCGGGAUGCAUCCCAGUUGAAGGGAACAUUCCUCAGCACCACCCUAAAAAAGAGCAACAUGGGUUUUGGAUUUACCAUCAUUGGUGGAGACGAACCUGAUGAGUUUCUGCAGGUGAAAAGUGUGAUUCCGGAUGGGCCUGCAGCACAGGAUGGAAAAAUGGAAACAGGUGAUGUCAUUGUCUAUAUUAAUGAAGUUUGUGUCCUUGGACACACUCAUGCAGAUGUUGUCAAACUUUUCCAGUCUGUUCCUAUUGGUCAGAGUGUCAACCUGGUGUUGUGUCGUGGCUACCCUUUGCCCUUUGAUCCUGAAGACCCUGCUAACAGCAUGGUGCCACCCCUUGCAAUAAUGGAGAGGCCACCUCCGGUGAUGGUCAAUGGAAGACACAACUAUGAAACAUAUUUGGAGUACAUUUCUCGGACCUCACAGUCAGUUCCAGAUAUAACAGAUCGGCCGCCUCAUUCUUUGCACUCCAUGCCAGCUGAUGGUCAGCUAGACGGCACGUAUCCACCGCCCGUCCAUGAUGACAAUGUGUCUAUGGCUUCAUCUGGGGCCACCCAAGCUGAACUUAUGACCUUAACCAUUGUGAAAGGUGCCCAGGGCUUCGGAUUCACUAUUGCCGACAGUCCUACAGGACAGCGGGUGAAACAAAUACUUGACAUUCAGGGAUGCCCUGGCCUGUGUGAAGGCGACCUCAUUGUUGAGAUCAACCAGCAGAAUGUACAGAACCUGAGCCAUACAGAAGUAGUGGAUAUACUUAAGGACUGUCCCAUUGGAAGUGAAACUUCUUUGAUUAUCCAUCGAGGAGGUUUCUUUUCUCCAUGGAAAACUCCAAAGCCUAUAAUGGACCGAUGGGAGAAUCAAGGCAGUCCUCAAACGAGUUUGUCUGCUCCGGCCAUACCGCAGAACCUGCCCUUCCCACCUGCCCUUCACAGGAGCUCCUUUCCCGACUCAACAGAGGCCUUUGACCCACGGAAGCCUGAUCCAUAUGAGCUCUACGAGAAAUCUAGGGCCAUUUAUGAAAGUAGGCAACAAGUGCCACCCAGGACCAGUUUUCGAAUGGAUUCCUCUGGUCCAGAUUAUAAGGAAUUGGAUGUUCACCUUCGGAGGAUGGAGUCUGGAUUUGGCUUCAGAAUCCUCGGGGGAGAUGAGCCUGGACAGCCUAUUCUGAUUGGAGCCGUCAUUGCCAUGGGCUCAGCCGACAGAGAUGGCCGCCUUCACCCAGGAGACGAGCUUGUGUAUGUUGAUGGGAUUCCAGUAGCCGGCAAAACCCACCGCUAUGUCAUCGACCUCAUGCACCAUGCAGCCCGCAAUGGGCAGGUCAACCUCACUGUGAGAAGAAAGGUGCUAUGUGGAGGGGAGCCCUGCCCAGAGAACGGGAGAAGUCCAGGCUCUGUAUCCACCCACCACAGCUCUCCACGCAGUGACUACGCAACCUACACCAACAGCAACCACGCUGCCCCCAGUAGCAACGCCUCUCCCCCUGAAGGCUUCGCCUCCCACAGCCUGCAGACCAGUGAUGUGGUCAUUCACCGCAAAGAGAACGAGGGUUUCGGCUUUGUCAUCAUCAGCUCCCUGAACAGGCCUGAGUCUGGAUCCACUAUAACUGUGCCCCAUAAAAUCGGACGCAUCAUUGAUGGGAGUCCUGCAGAUCGCUGUGCAAAACUAAAAGUGGGAGACCGGAUCCUAGCAGUGAAUGGCCAGUCUAUCAUCAACAUGCCUCACGCUGACAUCGUGAAGCUCAUCAAGGAUGCAGGUCUUAGUGUCACCCUUCGCAUCAUUCCUCAGGAGGAGCUCAACAGCCCCACCUCGGCACCCAGCUCAGAGAAGCAGAGUCCCAUGGCGCAGCAGAGUCCCCUGGCACAGCAGAGUCCCCUGGCCCAGCCAAGCCCAGCCACCCCCAACAGCCCUGUCGCCCAGCCAGCACCACCUCAACCACUUCAGCUGCAAGGACACGAAAAUAGUUACAGGUCGGAAGUGAAAGCAAGACAAGAUGUGAAACCAGACAUCCGACAGCCUCCAUUCACAGACUACAGGCAGCCCCCACUGGACUACAGGCAACCCCCAGGAGGGGACUACCAGCAGCCCCCGCCCUUGGACUACAGGCAGCCUCCCCUGCUGGACUACAGGCAGCACUCCCCCGACACCAGGCAGUACCCUCUGUCGGACUACAGGCAACCCCAGGAUUUUGAUUAUUUCACUGUGGACAUGGAGAAAGGAGCCAAAGGAUUUGGAUUCAGCAUUCGUGGAGGAAGGGAAUACAAAAUGGAUUUGUAUGUGUUGAGACUGGCAGAAGAUGGACCAGCAAUAAGGAAUGGGAGGAUGAGGGUAGGAGAUCAAAUCAUUGAAAUCAAUGGGGAAAGCACAAGGGACAUGACACAUGCCAGAGCAAUAGAACUCAUCAAAUCUGGAGGAAGACGAGUGAGGCUGCUGCUCAAGAGAGGCACGGGACAGGUCCCAGAAUAUGGAAUGGUACCUUCCAGUCUCUCCAUGUGCAUGAAAAGUGACAAGCAUGGGUCCCCAUAUUUCUACUUAUUGGGCCACCCUAAAGACACGGAAAGAUCCAAACUGGCUAGAACUGACAAUAGGAAGGACGAACCCGCCCCCUGGAGUUCUCCCGCUGCCGCCGCCCCAGGUCUGCCGGAAGUAGGCGUCUCCCUGGACGACGGCCUGGCUCCAUUCUCUCCAUCACAUCCAGCCCCACCCUCCGACCCUUCCCACCAGAUAAGCCCAGGCCCAACUUGGGAUAUCAAACGGGAACACGACGUUAGGAAACCAAAGGAGCUUUCAGCCUGCGGCCAGAAGAAGCAGCGCCUCGGGGAGCAAAGGGAGCGCUCGGCGAGUCCGCAGAGGGCCGCGCGGCCGAGGCUUGAGGAGGCGCCCGGCGGCCACGGGCGGCCCGAGGCCGGCAGGCCCGCCUCGGAGGCCCGGGCGCCCGGGCUGGCGGCGGCAGACGCGGCGGACGCGGCGCGGGCGGGUGGGAAGGAGGCGCCCCGUGCGGCGGCGGGCUCCGAGCUCUGCCGGCGCGAAAGCCCGGGGGCUGCGCCGGCGUUCGCCGGCCCGGGCGGCGGCGGCAGCGGCGCGCGGGAGGCCGAGGGCAGGGCGGGUGCGCGCGCGGGUCCCCGGCCGGGCCCGCGACCCCCGGGGAGCGCCCCCGCGCGCAAGGCCGCCGUCGCGCCGGGGCCCUGGAAGGUGCCGGGCUCUGACAAGCUGCCGGGCGUCCUCAAACCCGGCGCCUCGGCCGCCAGCAGAUGAGCCGCCCGGCCACGGUCAACCCGCCCGUCCCGGCGCAGGCCGUUCUUCUUAGGUUCCGUCUUACGGCGUUUUAAUUUAUUUUCACUGUCACACGCAUAGAUCCACGAGGCACCAAGGCCUGGGAGCGUCGACGUGAAGUCCCACGUGUCCGGUGUGCUUGGGCGGCAUCGCGUCAACGCGCAGACCUAAACUGAUCCUAAAGCCCCCGGUUCCCUUGUGGGGGCUUUGGCAGCUACGGAAGAACCAAAAUAACGUGAAGAACAUCACAGAGAGACAGUGCAGUGUAGCUUUAGUUUAAGAAAAAAAAAAUUCCUCCCCACUGCAUGAAGGAUUUGGAUGUCAUCCAAACUUUAUAUCAAGAAACAGGACAAAGAGCAAUCACAAACUGGAAUAUCGCCUUAAAAAUCAAACUGCACGGAGCAAGCUGAAACUGAGACAAGAUUAUAUCUUUUAAUUGAUCUAAAGCGUUGUAAAUAAAUUGUUCUCGACAUAUCUAGACAGGGGUUAAAGGGUUUCUUUGACACAUUCGGAACCGUUCACCCAUGACAUGUUUCCAUGGCUCACCCUUGGCAUCCAUCCUCGGUGUUAGCAGCAGCGUUCCCUGCCUCCUGCAGGAUGACUUAGAAAUCUAGUGAGUUUCUUGGUGUGAUGCCAUUUUUAUUGCCAUUUCUGUGAUCAAAUCAUAUUUCUGUACAUUUUCAGUGGUAGAAAAAAAGGUCUUAAAAAUUGUAUCCUAGGGAACAGUUUGCCAUAAGUCAGAAUUUUGCAGUUUAGCUCAUAGAUCUUAAUUGGUUUUUCUCUAAAAUAUGAAUUUUAUAAUUGAAGGACCACAAUUUGUUUAAUCAAGAUAGGCAACGCUGCAGUUCCUUUAUGAAGAGGCUUUUCUGUCGUCCCAGGCUAGCAGAGAUGGAUAGCUUCUUUGUCAGCAAUGUGAUUUCACUUACUUUAUUGUCUUAUUUUAAACCCUGUCUCCAGGACUUCAUUUGCACUUUGACAGAGCAGAGGCAGAGUAUUUGUCUUAUAUUUCUCAGAUUAUAAUAUUAAAAAAUCACAACCAAUUUAUUUUCAUUAAAGAACGUCUUUUUAGCAUUCCUUUCUGCUUAUCCUUCUUUCCUUACCCUUUCUCCUUUUGUUUCCAUUAGUUUUCUUUCGUCUUGUAUUCUUUGCCACUUUAUUUUGUUAGCAACUUCUAGAUGUUUAUUUUCAUGGAUCUGUGAUUGACCUCCCAGUAAAAUUCUAAGCCUUGCCUUUCUUCCCUGCUGUUUUAGCAUUUCUUUGUAAAAUGUUAGCUUCAAUUAAUUAGCCAUUGGUACUUACUGUAGCUACACAUAUUAAAAGGCAAAGUGUUUCUGAAGGCAAUUUCUUUUUAAUAUGCCCUGAAUGAAUGAGGCUUCAUCCUUCCCAUAUUCUAACUCUUUACAGGAGUUCAAAUGCAAAUAAACUUCACCUCCCUGCCCUUGUAGUCUAAAAAGUAAAAGGGGCGAUCAGGUCCAUCUCAAAGGUCACAGGUAAUAGCCUCCCUGGGCUGAUCAUUCCCUCUCCUUGUAAUUGCAGUAUCCUGAGUAGCAGUUUAAUUUUCAUCAAACAUCAGAGUAGUUUAGUUGUUUGACAGGAGGAGAAUAAGGUUGAAAGCCUUAAGUGAAGGAUCUUGCAGCUUGUAAAAGCAAUUUCCAAAAAUGAAACCCAUUCAUCAUAAACAAAAGCACAAACACAUGUAGCAGUUUAUAAUGCUUUUGGUUUAAUCUCAAUUAGUCUUUCUCCCCUGGACUAGAAAUCCCAGUAUAGUUUGCCAUUAAUUUAUUGAAUCUGGUUUUGGACAAUGCUUCUGUAGUGUAGCUGCACGUCCUGGUACUGUAUCCUCUGACUUUAUUUUCCAUGUAUUACAAAAGGAAAAAAAAUUGAGAUUACACUGGCAUAAACUCUAAUUUGCACAGUUCACAGCUACUACUUGUGCAGUAAUUGCUUUAUGCGGCUGUAAUCCAUAACCUGUGAAGACAGCACAUCAUCUAAAUCCCAUUCCAAAUAAUAUUUGUGUAGUGUUAGCUGUGAAUUUACCCUGUACAGCUGUAUCUCUAUAAAUAUAAUUCCAUGUAUUAAUAGUCACAGAAAGACUGUAAGUGAGCAACUAUUUUUAUGAAACGCACCACUAUGGAUAAAUUAACUUUUACAGAAAUCUUGUUUACUGUAUGAUAUUCUAAAACACUGUCAAAUAAAAUAUAUAUCCAAAAAUC